GUUACGGUAAAGCUAACAGCUAACAGCUAACAGCUAACAUCCAGUCCGCUCCUCUCUCUGCUCCGCGGGGCUCCGCCUCACUGUUUUCCCGGCGGCUUCAGUGACAGCGACGGACGGACGCUCAGCUCAGACUUUCACCGUCAAUCCUCCGGGAUGUCUUUCCUGGAGAAACCGGCCCCCGGCAGGCUGCUGCUGGACGACACCGUCCCCCUGACGGCGGUGAUCGAAGCCAGCCAGAACCUGCAGUCCCACACGGAGUACAUCAUCCGAGUCCAGAGGGGCGUGUCCUCAGAGAAUAGCUGGCAGGUGAUUCGGCGUUACAGCGACUUUGAUGUUCUCAACAGCGGCCUGUUGGUUUGUGGCAUCAGCCUCCCUCUUCCUCCAAAGAAGCUGAUAGGAAACAUGGACAGGGAGUUCAUAGCGGAGAGGCAGAGAGGACUGCAGGCCUAUCUGGACUCAAUUACCCAGCAUCCCAUGCUGUCAAGCUCCCUGACUGUUAAGAAGUUCCUGGACCCCAACAACUACUCUGCCAACUACACAGAGAUCGCCCUGCAGCAGGUGUCCAUGUUCUUCAGGUCGGACCUGAAGUGGGAGGUCCUGGAGCCUCUUAAAGACAUCGACUCUCGUCCUCUCCAGACUCCGUAUCUGUGUCCGCUGAUGUUCUCCAGCACCAGUGAGUCUUCAGCUCUGCUCAUCAGGCCGUUCAGUGAGAAAGGCUCUCUGAGAGACCACAUCUGUAAGGUGAAGCCCAGAGAAAGUUACCUGAAGAAGUACUGCAACCCGAAGAAGAGUCAGGGUCUCGAACUGCAGCACAUCAUGUACGGACGCCAGAUCCUGGAGGGCCUGAAGCUCCUCCACGAUGGCGGCAUGUUUUUCGGUCACCUGCAUGCGUCCAACGUCAUCGUGGAUGAGGGCGUGUGUCGCCUGAUAGAUGUAGAGAACGGCAUGCUGGGAGUUCCCUCAGCACUGCGACCCGCCUUCACUCAACUCAGGAAGAUCAAUAGCACAGAGAGCAUCGACGUCUUCUGUUUUGGACAUUUACUGUACGAGAUGACGUACGGCGGCCGACCGCCAGACAGCGUCCCCGUCGAUGAAUUCCCCUCUGUCCCCUACACCACUGUGGUGUCAGUGCUGCAGUCCAUUCUCUCCACAGAAGCCUGUAAGAGCGGGAUGCCGACAGUGUCGGCGCUCAUGCAGACACCGCUGUUCAGUGACGUCCAGCUCCAACACUCAGAGAAACUCCAGAUCAAGGUUCCCAGCAGACUAAAAGAGGCGCUGAGGACGGCGAAGGAGAGUCUGGAGAAGAGGCUGCAGGAGGAGAGCAGAGAGUGGUAGCUCCACCAGCACAGGAGGCUGACCAGAGCUCAGUCUCACCACGGCUCUGAGGAGGAGAGGAAGAGGAGGAAGAUUCUAGCGAGGAAGAAGUCCAGACAGUCGGCUUAUGAAAAUGAAGAAGACGUCUCUGUCAGAAACAACAAUAACUCUGGUUCUGGAGCCAGUUCACCUCCCACAUGCCCCUCCUCCCCCACCCCCCCAUCCACCACAGGAGCCCAGACUGCGUCUCCCCCUCCUCCACCGCCUCCUCCUCCUCCCCCUCCUAUGCUGAACUCGUCCUCCUGUCCUCCUCCUCCUCCUCCUCUGUCCUCUGAUGGAGCGGGAGGAGGUCGCACCGCCUUACUGAGCUCCAUCCAGUCCUUCAGUAAGGGCAAACUGAAGAAGGCCGAGACCGUCGACCGCAGCAAACCCAUCAUCUGACCCCGCCCGCCUCCGCCGCCUGUCCUCGACCAGGAAACCGUCACUAUGGCGACAUGACCGACCCAUUGGUUCUACAGUCUGGACCGGUUCACGUCGUCACUCCCUGAGAUGUGAAAAGGAAUCACUAACAAAAAAAAAAAUCCAAGUACCGUUUAACUUUUUAUCGCUUUUCCUGCUUUUUUCUGCUUUUAAAUUUUUUAAAUCUGUUGCUGUGGUUGGAGAGCGAAGAGGACGGGCGGGGGGGAAUGGCUGCUUCAGUGAGUCCUUUCAAAAACUCUGGACAAUCAGAGGCACCUGAAGGUUUGAUUUCUCUGACUGCUUUGUCACAAGCAGACAGCCACCAGGCUCCAGAUAACAGAGGUGGUAAUCUGAGUGUGGUGAGCUUUUCUUGUUGAUCUGCUGCUUCAUCGGGCAGCCAACUGGCUUCUUUUCUGCUUGUAAAAGUGGCGGUUGAACAUUUGAGAUCUGAAGUUUUGGAGCCACUGUGGAUGCUUCGUCCCGCUGGCUGAUGAAGUUGAAUUUCCUGGAUCUAAAACUCUUAACAUAAGUGCUCUGACAGUGUCAUGGCGCUGCACUGGUCCUGAAACUGGACCAAACUCCAGCUGUCUGUGUUUGAAAUCAUCUCAUGACAUGUAGCCUCCAGGCUCCACGGAGUCUGUUUCACUGCAGGACGACAGUGACCAAGAACGACUCCUGAAAAUCUAUAGAGCUAUAUAUAAAUCAUUUCUGUCUAUAUUAUGUCCAAAAACGUACUUUUUUGAAAACUUAAUCAAUUGGAGCAUGAAAAACAAGGGAAGAUUAGAGGCAGGAGAAAUGAAACUUAAUCUGACAAAAUACAUGCAUAAAAUUUGAUUUACAUGGAAUCAAGUUGAAAAUGAACUUGCAGAUUCAUUUUCACUUGUUUUAAGAAAAUAAGACUCAGAUUACAGACAGAAAUAACUUGAUAAGAGCGGUGAUUGUUGCAGUGUGUCUGUCUGAAACAUCAACCACAGUCAGGGUGGGAUCACUCCUGCUGCUGGUUUCAUUUGCUCUGAACCAGAAAAAGAGAUUAAUUUGACUUUGCUGCAUUUUGUGCAAUUAGUUCAUCAGUAAGAGACUCCAGCAGUUAGAGGAUGUUCGUUAAAAGCAUGACCUGGAUCUUUUGCAGCGUUCGUCCCUGUUAACAACAUAUAAAGAAGUUGUUGUGUCCAGCUCUGUAAGCAUGAGGCGUCCUGAUAAGUCAGUUGUAGAUUAUUUCCUGACAACAAGACGGCUGUUUCAGACUAAACAUGCAAGAGCGGAUAGUCUGCACGAGGUAGAGCGCAAAGUGAAGAGCGGCACAUUGUCCUAUAAAGCAGCUAACCACGAUACUGCAAACUACAAGUAGUGUGUUUCCAUCCACCUGUUUUUCUUUUAGGUUUUUUGCGCACUUUAUUUUAUGUUGCACCAUUGCCAGUUAACAUUACAUUGCGGCCUGUGUUGCGGCUGAAGGCCUUUCUCUCAAAACUGGAUACAUUUUAAAACUUGUUGUCUCAAUUAGUCACUUAAACACAAAAACACGGGAAAAUAUGGUCCAGGUUGAAAAAUACCAAAGUUAGCCUUAAAUGCAUGAAAGAAACAUAAAUGUGACAUCACGUUUUCCACCGUUUGAGGUUUGACACUCUCCUUAUUACGUCAUUUCCCCCCGUCUUCUGCAGUGGUAUAACGGCACGCGACUGGAGAGAUAGUGCCACCAACUGUUGUUAUUGUGAUGCACAAACUCCUAUUUUCACAACGAAAAAGAACGGAAAGGCAGAUUAAUUAACGCUUUCUUUUGCAUUUUUUCUGCAGGAUUUUCUGCGAGUUAAACUGUGUGCUGCAUUUGGAUGGAAAGUUAAGUAAACAGUUAACAGUCACAAUAUAAAUAUUCAUAAUAAAAAUCAUAUUUUUUACUAAAAUAUGAGUAGGACUGGAGAGCAAAAUCACAAAACUGCCUGAAUUCAGAGCACUAAAUUAUUUUUUUCCACCACUUAUCUCGACAGUGAAAUUAUCACCAUCAUACUGAAACUUUUGCUUCACAUCAGUGAGAAUUUGGCUGCUAAAUCUGGCAGAAAAUAAAGUUAGUGUGUGCCACUAUGGCUUGUGCAGCUGCUCUCUCCAUUGGAAAUAACUGUUUUGCUCGAUGCGAUGUUAAACUUGCACUUUUGGUGUGAAAGCCUGUAAGAUAGAUACUGAUCAGACAUUUUUCCCGUCUUAGAUCAGAGCCACAUGGAUCCACAGCGACGAGCCGCUCAGCUCUGAUUGUAUUUAGGGUCUGAAAUUUUGCUUCUUUGCACCAGAAUAAAUCCUAAUUAUUCCA